AUGAUAAUAAUUUUGUGUUGUAUCACGCAUCACGGUCAAGCAACUCUAAUCGAUCGUAAUGAUGAAUUAGUAGUGAGCUCCUGUCAAAUAUAUGGAGAUUUUCAUUUAUGGAUGUACAAUCAACGAUUAGAUCAACCCCGAUCGUUGCAAUGGUGUAAAGAAGAAGGUGACCAUCUUAUCUAUGAAAAUGAAUGGAUUCAAAUUAUUAUUACUAUUACAAAAUUUCCAAAUUGGAAUGAAAAAUAUAAAAUGAUAUUUAAAGAACAUAAUAAGAUUUUAUGUACAAUUCAUAAUACUCGAAAUAUAUGCGAUCAUCGAAGUAAAGUUUGGUUUUUGUUUUCAUAUUUAUUUUUGAAAUCAUU